CGGACGUCAGGGGACCGGAGGGCGGAGCCAGUUUGGUUGCACCAACACCGGUACUUAGGCACGUACCGGCGUGUCCUUGGGCUUAGAAAGCGGGGCGUUCGGCUUGCGAGCGGGAACUUCUCGGUCGCGCCCAGAGAAAGAACGAUUUAAAAAUGGGUGAUGUUGAGAAGGGCAAGAAGAUUUUUGUUCAGAAGUGUGCCCAGUGCCAUACUGUGGAAAAGGGAGGCAAGCACAAGACUGGGCCAAACCUCCAUGGUCUGUUUGGACGAAAGACGGGUCAGGCUGCUGGAUUCUCUUACACAGAUGCCAACAAGAACAAAGGUAUCACCUGGGGAGAGGAGACGCUGAUGGAGUACUUGGAGAAUCCCAAGAAGUACAUCCCUGGAACAAAGAUGAUCUUUGCUGGCAUUAAGAAGAAGGGAGAGAGGGAGGACUUGAUAGCUUAUCUCAAAAAAGCUACCAAUGAGUAAUAGUUGGCCACUGCCUUAUUUAUUAUGAAACAGAAGUGUCUCAUGACUUUUUAUGUGUACCAUAUUUAAAUUGAUCUCACACACUAGAAUUCAGAUCAUGAACGGCUGAUGGAAUAAUUCUGUUGGACAGUCCUGAUUUAAAUAAGAUUGGUUUGUGGCUAAACAAAUAUGGUCAGCUUUUUUAAUUUUGAUAGUAAUUCCGGUUCAACAAGUACUAUCACUUUUCCCAUUCUAAAGAGAUGAUUGAACUUGAAUAAGGAAUAUUAAACUUCUUAGGGAGAUGGUGCAUUCCUUCUCAAACCCUAUAAGAGAUUGGUUUUAUAUUUAGAUUUCUAUAACUGGUUAUAUUAAUAUAUUUAAAUACUGAAAAGGUCCCUUCACUGUCUCAUAGAACAGAGGAGGAUUCAGAUGUGUUUGAAGUUGUGUUCAUUAGCCUGUUAAGGCAAGAAUUGAAAAUACACUGACAAAUUCCACUUAUCUUUUUGGUUUUAUAAACUAUGCCAAUUUAAUUAAAAUUCUCUAUCUAAAAUUUAGCCUUUUACUUAAUGAAAGGCAUUUUAGUGUGGUUUAUGUAUAGCAUCAAAUAAAGAGUAUUUAGCACCUCACAUUUUGUAGAUGAUCUUUAAGAUCAGAUGCUUUUAAAAUUCACUGUGACAGGAUAUGUUAACGAACUUUGCUUGUUAAUUCUUCACAAAGUCAGACUAAGUUAUAAUUCAGGGUUGUCUUUUAAACAGGAAUUCAGAAAUGCAACUGUAGAACUACUUGUAUAUGGUGAUUGGUAAUCGUGCUUUUGCCAACUCAUUAGAAGGAUUAGAGGGGCUAUAUCAUUAGCUCAAAUUUGUAAACUCUCUGAUCAUAAGGCUUAAGAAUUAAAAAACAAAGUCACAGAUCAUGAUUUUUCUAACUUGAUUUAAUGGCAUACCAAAAUGGUUGAAAAAUACAGUAGCCCAAACAGGCAGCAUUAUUACUAGUGAUAGUAGUAGAUUGUGUUUACUUGGUCUUCUAGGACAGCCUGCCCUAGAACAACACCUCAGUCAUCCACUCAGUUUCUCUGGCCAGAAUGAGCACUGCAACAUUUAGGUCAACUGUAGAAAGAAGACUUUCUGGUCAUAGUGUUAUGGUAUGUACAGUGUGUGGUGAUAGUUUAUGUGCUAAAUUAUUCAUGCAGUUUGUGCCAUACAUGGUUAGUGUAGUCCCUAGAAAUUUUGUGGAAUGGUGAACUUGAACUAAGCCAUAGAAAAUACUGAGAGAAAUUCUCAGUGGGGGGGAAUAAGUCUGUACCAGUGGUGAGAGCCAUUUCUGUGUGACAGAGAACUGGGAGAAGGCCUUGUCAAAAGUGAUGGGGAUGUUUAUUUAGGUCUGUAAGGCCUGAUAGAGCACUGUGUAACUUGUGAAUCUUAUUUUCAGUCAUUGGAGAAAUGUGAAAAAGCAAAGAAGUUAGUCUGAAAACAUCGGCAGAAACAAUUUGGGGAAGCAGAUGCCUGUUAUAAUUCAGGUGGUAUCCAGGUCAGUGAAGCAGUUAGCUUCUAAGAGAGUUCUGCACUAGUGUGGGAACACAUGGAGACCAGGAAAUGGACUGAUUUCUGUGCUUCCUAAGCCAACUAAGGCCUGUGUUGGCAGAGAAUUGUUGAGUUCUAGGCCAGUUAUACUCAAUAAGUGCCUCUAAUAUAGUUAAUUCAGGGCUUCCCUGGUGGCCCAGAUGGUAAAGCAUCUGCCUGCAACUCAGGAGACCUGGAUUCAAUCCCUGGGUCGGGAAGAUCCCCUGGAGAAGGAAAUGGUAGCGCAUUGCCAUAUUUUUGCCUGAAGAAUUCCAUGAACAGAGGAGCCUGGCAGUCCAUGGGGUCUCAAAGAGUCAGACCCGACUGAGCAACUAACACUUUUCAGUGCAGAAGUACACACUGAUCUGCUUCUUUGGCCCCAGACCAUUGUCAUGGUGUUCACAUACUCAGAAGUAUAAUACAAAAAAUUAGAUUUCCACUUGUUUAAUACCACUUGGAUUCCAGGUUAUCUUAUUUGGAGAUUGAGUUAUUUGGAAACUCUGGUCAUAACCCCAGGCUUUCUUGGUUCAUUCAGAAAGCUAAACAGGUGCAUUCUAUUUCUCAAAGGGUAAACAUGUCCAGGUUUUUAGGAACUUGACUAGUAGUCUUGUUAUGUAGCAUAUCUUUCCACACAUACAUAAUGAUAAGAAGGCCAAUGUGUGGUAAGUGAUACAUCAUUGACAGUUUUUUAAAAUAGCAAGAGACUGACUUGCUCAUGCUUUGGUUAAGUUGGCUAUUUUAGUCAUAUUAGAGGUCGCACUAUUGGAACUAGAAGAGAUCUCAGAGAUUCUUCGAUUCUAACUGGACAGAUGAGAGGUGAGAUUAACCUUAACUAGGCUCAGGGAACUAUGGAAACUACUCACUUGGUUGAGCUGGGCCCUAGCAGGACCUAGUAGUCCAGCCUUGCAGAUCACUGAGAGGAAGGUAACUGAGGCACAUAGCAGAUACCUGUGUUUGGAGAGGGGUAGGCUUGGCCCAGUUCUUUAACACCCCUACACCGAGCUGUGAAGGUUUUUAAGGUAUGCCGUGGGCAGAGGCAAGUAUCUGGACUGGGACACAGCCCAUGCCAUUUCCAGAGUGUUGCUUUCUUUCCACAUGUUGAAAGGAGUCGUCCUGCCUGGGAGCUUUGAGGGUUGCUGGGCCCAGAGUGGCCAAAGUCACAUGCUCUUGCUCCACUGACCUGAUUGCAGUCCUAAUUAGGGGAGGGGAGAACACCUGCCUCCUUUUCCGGCCCCUCCGGAUUUGUUACCAUUUUUCUUGUACUCAACAUCUGCCAGGAAAUAUUGUCUACACUGGAAAAAAACUACAUGAGUGACAGCUGAAACCACAACCAAGCUACUCUGACCAUAGUUUGGUCUUAGUCUAACUCCAUUUUACCAGAAAUAUUAAUGAGCUGCUUCCAGUUUGCUUUUUCUUUAUUCAUUAGAAUUGUGCCUGUGUUCCACAUUGAUGCCAUUAAAUACAUGUGUAUAGCUUGAACAGCAUCCUCUGAAGAACAACCAUUGGACUACUUAAUUUUAUUUGUGUUGUAACGAAGAAUGCUGGGUUUUGAGAAUGGAAAAAUUGUGUUCAGAGUGGGGGUUAGUAAGCAGUCCCGAAGCUUUUUGUAAAUAAAACUAUUGGCGCAUGGCCACUAUA